AAUAGGAUGAAAAGGUGUCCCAUCUUUCCCCACUUUACGAUAUGAAUGAAAUACCAAUAUUUUUAUGCAGAGUGUUGAGGGUAUGGAAGCUGCAAGUAGUCCACGUCUGUUUACUGACAAUGAAAACAACACUUUUCCUUUGUCUGAGAGUAGACGUGUAAAUACGCAAUUUAGUUCUUGUGCUCGGGACUUUAGCCACACCUGCACGGGUGGAAUGCCCGCUUGCUAUCAGCGGAAAACGGAUAUUAGAAGUAACGUAAAUGGAACAUCAAUAUAUGGAAGAAGCCGCUCGAAUGGGAGAUACUGCGAUACAAGGAUGGUGAACGGUUAUAUAACUUUGUGCUGCGUAUCUGCUCUUAUUGCUCUGCUUUCAAUACUUCUUUUACAUUCGCUGACAUCGAUCUGGCUCGAUCCACUUCGAAACUUAAGGCUGAAUGAGGAAUUCGUUUACAUCACAGUUGCUAUGGCGACGUCGUCAGCUGCUCUGAACCUCUGUGCUAUUUCUACAUAUUGCGUGCAAAUAUAUCUUGUGUACACUGAUCGAGUUUACAGCGAUACGAGGUAUACAGAACUUUCAUUAACAUGUAACAUUAUUGCCUGCGGAAAAGUAUACGCAGUACGAAUGGGGAAGUUGCAAUAUCUACGAGAAGUAUCUGGAGUGAGAUUUGUUGCAACGAUUUGUGUUUUCAUCAGCAUUCCAGUAUUUAUCGCAAGUUUUGGGUGCUACCUGUACAUGGAGUUACAUUGGUUGGCGGGGAUCAUUGCUGUUUCUAUUCUUGGACUGGCAGUGACAUUCAUCAUUAUAUCGAUGUCAUGUUCCUAUUACAAGUGGGACCGCAUGCACAAGACUGUUACGAGGUACCAACCGUAUAGUUACAUCGAGGCCAACAACAACACUAACCCGUGGGUGGACCGCGAUCAUGCGCUGGAGCAUAUUCACCUGCGAAAGCGUGAGAACACAAACGAGGCUCUUUUGAGCUUUCGGCAUAGACGAGAUCGUCGGGUUGCCGUUGCUGACUGCAACCCUUGCGAUGGUAAGGUUUCUACAUCAAAGAAGUGCAUUGAAAACACUGUUGUUGAAAAUUGUGAGAUCGAAAAAGAGAAAACGAGCAAGAAAACUCACGCUGAGCGGCGGAGAAAGAAGGAUGUUGCAGAUAAAAAUAAAACUGAAGAUAAUGGUAGCCUGGCAACAAAACAAAAACAACAAAUCGAUGCGUCUACACUGGUAUAGGGUGGUAAUGUCCGUAUGUAUAUUCGACCGUACGCGCAAUGUUCAUGUUGAUAAAAGUAUUGCUUAAUUCGUUGCAAUAAAAUACAUACUCACACUUAA